CUUCUCCGGGUUCGGACGUGUUUUAAAGGUUUUAUUGCAUGAAGUGGUAGUGUGACAAGUGGACGGUUCAAGCUGAAAAGGUGCAAUUAGGUAUACAGAUGGUUGAUCGAGUGAUCUGCGUGUGUUUGUUGCAACCGCACGGCGGUGGUUGCAGUUGUUGAGUUGGGCGGCGCGUUGAAGUUGAAAAAGUGCAGUUCACUUUCACCUGUGCAAUUUUGGCACUCCUGUAAAUUCCCUGUGUGUUGUAAAAUCGAAUCGGCAUAGUUUUGUGAAUCCAUGAUAGACUUCUGUGUUGCUGUCUUAAAAUAGGUAUAUUUUGCGUGUUUCGCACUCAUUUCAGCGCAGAGUUCAAUGCUCUUGAAAUAUAUAUUGUUUAUGAUUUCGUCAAUUUUUGGGGGUCUGUAGUGUGCCAAUGUGCCGUAAAGUGAAGCUAUAUUUAUAAAAUAAGCAGACAGAUAUCUGCGUGUAGUAAAAAGCGAUUGCGUUGUUCUCCGUUUUUUUUCUUCAUCUGCAGCAGUGUGAGUUCGCGUGGACAUUUCGUCGCGCUCGCGAUCGCGCGGCAUAGGGCAGCCUUGAGAAUGCUGAAAAGUGGAAUGGAUUUUCAAUCCGCGACUGGAUAAUUUCGGGGAUUUUGUAUUUCUGCUGCAGUGGUUUGUUGUGUGGAGAGCGUUUGUGUGGAAAAAAAGAUGCCGUGACAUGACCCGAAAACAUGUGUCACAAAUGAACAUUUAAGUUCAGUCUCUGAAGAGGAAUCCAGCGCUGUUAGACGUCUACGCUGUUGUCUAACGCAAAAUUAAUUUGAAGCCAGUUCUGUACUCAUUAAGCUCUGGUCGGGGUUAAGCUGCUUAGGAAAACCAAUAGCAACAGGCGAACAACACUGCACUCCCGAAUAUAAGCACCAGAAUAUUCGGUUUCAAAGCAUUCUGGAGCAUCGGGCACGGUUCCAAGGAAACCGGUUGUCUGCAGAGUGGUGUGUGUUAUCAGUGAUUUGGGGAAGUACAUAACGUCGCGCAAAUGAAAAAUGAUCAAUGAAAACCAUAGCUGCAGCAGGUGUAACCUCGUCGGAAUCAGUUUGGGCCGCAUGUUAACGCUGUCACACCACUAAGCGCGGUGAUAAUAACACAGCGGAUGUACUUCCCAUAGGUGUGAAUGCUGAUAGAAUAAUCGAGCAGGAAGUGAAUAGGGCUGUGGAAUGAAAUAUGCGAAAAAUGUGUGGUUGCUUGAAAAUGUUAAACCGAGUGCAUAGUUCUGGCAGCAGUGAAUACAUUCGUCGUGAAAUUCGCAAAGUGUUACUUUGGAAGGCUAACCUUCACCGCGGGUGGUUGUGUGAUAAAACGUAAUAGCGAAGUAGCAUGAAGUGCGAAAGAAACGUGUUCGAUGCCGUUGAAGAAGCCGAUGAUGAAGUGUCCGAGUGUCCGAGAAAAUACCACCGAGUGCAGCAGACCGGCAACGGUUGGCACGGUCACGCCAAUAGCCAUAAGUGUAAACUAUAUUAUGCGCCCAGUUGUCGAUGUCGAUUGAUGUUUGUUGCCGUUGUUGUGAUCAUUCUAACCAGUUUUACCGUGAUGAUUGGCGGCGAUGUGUUCACCAUUGGAUAUCUUACUGGAUCCCAGCGAAGACCCGGGGAUCGGGAGUACGCGAGGCCAGGUCUGCAGAUUUCCGGUGCCAUCACAAUGGCGUUUGAGGAAGUGAAUGAGCUGUACUUAAGUAAGCACGGUCACCAGUUGCAGUUUGAGGUGGCGGAGACGUAUGGCGAAGAGGUUACUAGUAUAAGGAGAACCGCAGAUCUCUGGACAAAAGAUGUGAUAGGCUAUAUAGGGCCCCAGGAAACCUGUGUUCACGAGGGCAGGAUGGCUGCUGCCUUCAACUUACCAAUGAUUUCCUAUUUUUGUACGCACAACGAAACUUCAAAUAAGAAGCACUUUCCCACAUUCGCCAGAACUAGACCCCCUGAUUUGCAAAUAUGCAAAUCGGUCGUUUCACUGUUGCUGGCAUACAAUUGGACUCAGGUAACUUUUUUCUAUCGUGCUUCGGACGACGAGGAGUACGAUGCGGUUGCCGAAACCUUAAAAAUAACCCUGAAAUCCAAUGGCGUCCGUAUCAGAUCGACUCGCACCUGGAGUACAAUCUACCACCAUGGUUAUUCGCCUAAUCCUUUCGAUCGUCUAGUGGAAGAAACCUUCGUUGACACCAGGAUUUAUCUGGUGUUGGGUCACCACGACGAGCAUAUCGGUCUGCUGGUGAGUUUGAAGCGGAAAGAGUUGCUUGCCGGUGGCGAAUACUUUGUGGUGGGAGUCGAUCUCGAGCAAUAUGAUGCUGCACUGCCAAAUAAAUACCUGCACGGGCUGCUGCAGACUGAACCCGAUAAGGACGCUGUGCAGGCGUUACAACACUACCUCGGAGUCGUUCCGUCGGCUCCCGUCAAGUUUGAGGAGUUCGCUGCUAAGGUCAACAAAUACUUGGAGCUACCACCGUUCAACUAUCGCAAUCCGCUUGUGUACUUCGGAGGUGUUAAGCAGAUCCGCGCAGAGGCAGCGUAUCUCUACGAUGCGGUCCAUUUGUAUGCUAAUGCACUGUUGCGAGUGCUGCUGGAAGGUGGCAACCCAAAAAAUGGCACCGCCAUAAUUGAAGCAACCAAAGGUCGAGCUUACAUGAGUGCGAUGGGCUACCUAACACAUAUCGACGAGAACGGUGAUGCCGCGGGAAAUUACACAAUCCUGGCCAGAAAACCCUUCGCUUCGGCUUCCUCGGGGAGAGAAUUCGGACUGUUUCCAAUCGGACGUUUCAGUGCACCCAACACUGAGCAUGUUCCGUUUGAGGUACAGGACAUUAAGCUAUUCGAUGCCAUUGACUGGGCUGGAUCAGGACCACCCAUCGCAGAGCCACCCUGUGGAUUCCGUGGCGAGAAGUGUAUCAGUUAUACAGGUGAAAUUUCGGCUGGAGUAGCCGGUGGUGCUUUGCUGCUGCUCGGGGUCGUGUCCCUCGUCCUGUACAGGAAUUGGCGCUACGAACAGGAGCUGGACAGUUUACUGUGGAAAGUAGACUUCAAGGAUAUUCAGAUGCACGAAAACGAAAAGGAGAGCACGGGUCAGAAACUGACAAGGGCAACUCAUCCCCUGAUCCGCACCAGCCAGGUCAGCUUAAGCUCCAACCCUGAUACCGACUUUCGCUAUUCGACUAUUUUCACCCCAAUCGGGCUGUACAAGGGACAACUGUACGCAAUAAAGAAGGUCCGCAAGAAGAGUAUCGAUAUCACGCGGGAGAUGAAAAAGGAGCUGAAACUGCUGCGCGAUAUGCGCCAUGACAAUCUGAACGCGUUCAUUGGCGCCUGCACUGAACCACCGAAUAUAUGCAUCAUAACGGAGUACUGCCCCAGGGGAAGUUUGAAGGAUGUACUGGAAAACGAGGAUUUCAAGCUGGACAAUAUGUUCACAGCAUCGCUGGUGGCGGAUAUUUUGCGUGGGAUGAUCUACCUGCACGAAUCGCCGCUGCGAUUCCAUGGAACACUGAGGACAUCCAACUGUCUGAUCGAUUCCCGAUGGGUGGUCAAACUGAGUGACUUUGGUUUGUAUGCGUUCAAACAGGGAACGGAUGAGAUUCAUGAAGAGAAGCAGAGCAACGCUGAGAAAUGUCAGAAACUACUGUAUCAGGCACCGGAACUACUGCGAGCUGGUGCCACGUGUUUCGUGUCCGGGACUCAGAAGGGAGACGUUUACUCGUUCGGGAUAGUGUUGUAUGAAAUUUUCACCCGCAGAGGACCUUUCGGUGAAAUUGAAUGCUCUCCAGCGGAAUGCCUCAAACGGGUUAUGAACCCGCUGGAUCCGAAUACACUCUUCAGACCCGCAAUUCAACCAUUGGAGGCCUCUUUUGAUUGUAUUCGGGACUGUUUGAAAGAAUGCUGGUCUGAAAGGCCUGAAGAUCGACCGGAUUUCAAAACUAUUAGGAAUAAGCUACGAGCGCUGCGGAAGGGAAUGAAGCCAAACAUUUUCGACAAUAUGAUGGCGAUGAUGGAAAAGUAUGCGAAUAACCUUGAGCAGUUGGUAGAUGAGCGAACGGAUCAGCUUCAGGAAGAGAAGAAAAAGACGGAAGCUUUGCUGCUGGAAAUGCUUCCAAGGCCAGUUGCUGAACAGUUGAAACGAGGACAUAAAGUGGAGGCGGAAAGCUAUGAUCUAGUCACGAUUUACUUCAGCGAUAUUGUUGGGUUCACAUCAAUGUCCGCCGAAAGUACUCCCUUGCAAGUGGUCGAUUUCCUAAACGAUUUGUACACUUGUUUCGAUUCGAUUAUUGGGCAUUAUGAUGUCUACAAGGUGGAAACGAUUGGAGAUGCAUAUAUGGUGGUUUCGGGUCUUCCCAUUCGCAAUGGUUUGACGCAUGCCGCUGAGAUUGCUUCAAUGUCUCUGCAAUUGUUGGACGCUGUGUCGGAGUUCAAAAUUAGGCACAGGCCAAAUGAUCGACUUUAUCUAAGAAUCGGCAUCCACUCGGGUCCGGUAUGUGCCGGUGUGGUGGGACUAAAAAUGCCACGUUAUUGUCUGUUUGGAGACACAGUAAACACUGCCUCACGCAUGGAGUCUACUGGCUUACCACUUAAAAUUCACUGUAGUUUACAAACCAAAGAAAUUCUCGAUUCACUUGGUGGUUAUCAUUUCGACGAUCGUGGCAUGAUACCAAUGAAGGGAAAGGCCGACCAGCACACUUUUUGGCUCACCGGAGAGGAUCCGGAAGCGAGGGCUAAGCGGACGCAGGAACGAGCGGAGCGAAGGGGCUCACGGGCUUUGCGGCAAUACCUUGGGCUACUGAAGCAGCAGAACAGUAUUGUUGGUGUGCGAAGCUCACUUAAAAAUCGUGGUCUAAUGGGACGAAAUUCACUGCCCCGUUCGUCUAGUCUUGAAUCUCCUAAGAGGCUCAGAUUCGCUAGUGGUUCCAUGCUGGAGCAACAUCGUUACCACCGAUACAGCGAUGAUGCUCUGAUGGAGGUUAUUUCCGACAGCAGUAUGCGAAAAUCUGACAACAGUCUGGCUGACACGGAGGACAUCACCUCGUCCUGUCCGUGCAUUGAUAAUCUCGGUAUACACAGCGAACGGUUCCUAAUGCAAUCCUACCCAACGGUUACAACGCCACUACUCACGAAAACAAUCGUUACCUAAUUUUGAUGUGCUCAAUAGGCGGAACAAUCUACAUCCUCGUAUAAUGAGCUGUAUCUAGUCAUUAAAUGUUAAACAGUCAUUAGUUCAUAUUAAUGUUAACACACAAUAAUCAUACAGCACACGAAAUGUGAAAGUGAAACAUUUUCAUGAAGGAAUGGAAUCCAACCUUAAUUAUUUGAUAAGAAAAAUGGCUAUUAGUGGAAGGCUAGUGUUGAGUUAUGAAAAAGGACGAAUAAAACCAGAAGCUGUUCAACGAAUAACAAUAAACAACAACUGAAAAUCAAAAGCAUGACGUACUUCAAU